AUGGUACUAUGGUUUGUCUUCAAACCAAGGGGCGGCGUGCUCAAGGAGAUCCUGGAGGAGGGCAAUGGCACAGGGACGCCACACACCGGAUGCACUGUGUCCCUGCACUAUACGGGUCGCCUGGUCGACGGCACGGAAUUUGAUUCCAGCGUCGGCCGCAAUAAGCCCUUCGAAUUUCCGCUCGGCAAAGGCAAUGUUAUCAAGGACUUCGACAAGGGGAUGGCCACCAUGAAGAUCGGCGACCGCUGCUUCCUCACAUGUGCUCCCAAUUACGCUUACGGAGCUGCCGGCAGCCCGCCCGCCAUUCUUCGGGAUGCUACUCUGAUCUUUGAGCUGGAGAUGCGGAGCUGGAAGGGCGAGGAUCUAAGUCCAAAUCAGGACGGCAGCAUUGACCGCACCAUUGAGCGCACUCCCAGCGAUGGUGCCUUCGUCAAGGCUCACAUUUCUGGUGCUUUCGAGGGCCGCAUGUUUGAGGAUCGUGAUGUGGAGUUUGACUACGGAGAGGGGCAUACAUGGCGGCUCCUGCAACCUGAAAUGCAAAAGGGUUUUAUGCAGGAAGCAGAAAACAAACACCACAGUACUUACCUGCUGCGAGCCAAAUGCGAAGUCCUCUCCGCACCCGCUCUCGAGUGUUGCCGGCCUGGAGCCAGUGCGGCCGACAUCUUGACUAACCGUAUGAUCGAGGUUUACCAUAUGAUUGAGUGUAUUUGA